AUGCAUUGCUCUGGUCUGGCCUGGAACCCAGAGGUGGCCACUCAGCUGGUUCUGGCGUCUGAAGACGACCGAAUGCCCGUCAUCCAAAUGUGGGACCUGCGCUUUGCCACCUCCCCUCUCAAAGUGCUGGAGAGCCACACAAGAGGUGUUUUGGCCAUAGCCUGGAGUGAAGCAGAUCCAGAGCUGCUCCUGAGCUGUGGGAAAGAUAACCGGAUCCUGUGCUGGAACCCCAACACAGCUGAGGUCCUGUAUGAGCUGCCUACCAGUACUCAGUGGUGUUUUGACAUCCAGUGGUGUCCCAGAAACCCAGCUGUGCUGUCUGCUGCUGCCUUUGAUGGCCAUAUCAGCAUCUACUCCAUCAUGGGAGGAAGCAAUGACGACGCCAUUACUUUACAGUCCGAACAGUUAAGUAGUUCAUUUGGAAAUAUGGAUCCUUUUGGUACUGGCAAGAUGCUGCCGCCUUUACAGCUGCCUCAGACCGCCCCGUCCCAGAGCACCGUCACGCCUCUCAAGAAACCCCCUAAAUGGAUCCGCAGACCAGUUGGAGCAUCUUUCGCUUUUGGUGGAAAACUGGUCACUUUGGACAACAUCAAGCCAGCGGCCCAGCAGCCCCAGCAGACUGCUGCCCAUGUGGUUCAUAUCAGUCAGGUUGUGACAGAAACAGAUUUCCUUGAUCGAUCGAACCAACUUCAGGCAACACUCACUGCAGGAAAUUUCCUUGAGUACUGCCAAACCAAGACUGAAGCUGCUCAGAGUGAAUUUGAGAAGACCGUCUGGUCUUUUCUGAAGGUGAACUUUGAAGAAGAUGCACGAGGGAAAUAUUUGGACCUUUUGGGAUACAAGAAGGAAGAGCUCGCGUUAAAGAUUGCAUCAGCAUUAGAAAAGAACUGCAAAUCUGAUGAGGCCGAUGUGCUUUCACUCUUAUCAUCUUCCAUACCUCACCAUGAUGCCGCUCCUGUUCCCGUGUCAAACCCUGUGCCUGACCCUGUUUCUAAGCAUGAACCAGUCCUUGAAACUGAACCCAUUGCUGUGUCGGCUCGGCCUCAGCUCGAGCCAGAAUAUCCAAGUCCUCCAAACCUUGAGUCUGUGAAUGAACCUUUGCUUGAGCCCACAAUUGUCCCCAGUGCCAGAACCCAGAAACCUCAGUCACAGCCCUCAGUGGACUUCACCCCACCAGUAGAUCUCACCUACUCUUUUGAGCAGACACCUGUAUCCACACCCACAUCACAGGUUGAUUCUUCUGGUCAAAUGAUGGUCACACUCUUUGAACCUCAGCAUCUGGGAUCUUCAGAUCUGCUGUUACCACCUCAAUCUGCUGCUGCGAUGGUGCCACAAGAGUCUCUUCCUUCAUGUGCACAAACAGUUGAGUUUCAGCAAUUUGUGCCAGGCAAUCACCAAGCAUCUGGUGCAGUGCAUUCUGGACCAGUGCUGCCAGCUGAACCUCUUGAGUCUACUGUUGAUUUACAACAGCCAGCAUCUGAUGUGAUGCCACCAUGUAGUAGCACUCAGCCGCUGGCCGCUCUUGGCCUUUCUCCAGAUAUCUUGCCUCAAGAAGCCAUGAACUUGCAAACUCCAGUUGACUCCCCACCAUCUGCACCAAAAUUUGAUUUGAUGACGCAGCAUCCUGUUUCUGAGACUGAUCUUCUGAGUACCAGUGAUUGCCGGCCUGUGCUACAUGUCGAAGAGGUUUCUGGUUGUGCUGACCCAAAUAAAUCCAGGGCAACAGAGGCAGCGACACUGGAGGAGGUACCUUGCCCCUGCUAG